AUGGCAGACCUCCCAACCACCUACGCAGGCAAGCUCACUCUCUCUCUCCCCCUCCACAUCGUCCCCCCCAAACUAACCUCCUCCUCAGACCCCAUCCACAUCGCCGUGAUCGGCGGAACGGGUCUCCAAUCCCUCUCAGGUUACACCCCCGUCGCAGUCCUCAAUCCCCUCACGCCCUGGGGCUACCCCUCCUCGCCCAUCCACGUCUUAACCCACAACAACACCCCCAUCGCCUUCCUUUCGCGCCACGGCUUGCACCACCAGCUGGCGCCGCACGAAGUUCCCAGCCAGGCUAAUAUCGCGGCGCUGAGGAGUAUUGGCGUCAGGACGGUCAUUGCGUUUAGUGCUGUCGGCAGCUUGCGCGAGGAGAUUCGGCCGAGGGAUUUCGUGGUUCCGGAUCAGGUUAUUGAUAGGACGAAGGGGAUUCGACCAUUUACGUUCUUUGAAAAGGGGGUAGUAGGACAUGUAGGCUUCGCAGAUCCAUUCGAUGCCAAAAUCGGCAAGGUCAUCUCAGACUGCGGGCAUUCCCUCGCGGGCGCCGGCGUAACGAUGCACGACAAAGGCACGAUAAUCUGCAUGGAAGGCCCCGCCUUCUCGACGCGCGCCGAGUCGCACAUGUACCGCAGCUGGGGCGGGUCCAUAAUCAACAUGUCGUGCCUGCCCGAAGCGAAGCUCGCGCGCGAAGCCGAGCUCUCGUACCAGAUGAUCUGCAUGGCGACCGACUACGACUGCUGGCAUAGCACCGAGGAUGUGGAUGUGGCUAUGGUCAUGGGGCAUAUGGCUGCGAAUGGCGAGAAUGCCAAGCGGUUGGUGGGCGCCGUGCUGGAUGAGUUGAGUAAGGAGACGUAUGGGGAUUUGGUGAGGGGGAAGCAUUGGGAGGGCAGUGUUAGUGGGAUGUUGAAGUUUAUGACGAAGGAGGCUGGGAGGGGGGAGGUGGGCAUGAAGAAUAUUGAAUUCCUGUUUCCGGGUGUGUGGAAAUAG